CCCAGCAUUGGUGUCAGUGGAAGGAAUAGUGCCCCAUCACUGGUGUCAGUGGGAGGAAUAGUGUCCCAUCAUUGGUGUCAGUGGGAGGAAUACAGCCCCAUCAUUGGUGACAGUGGGAGGAAUAGUGCCCCAUCAUUGGUGUCAGUUGGAGGAAUAGUGCCCAUCAUUGGUGUCAGUGGGAGGAAUAGGUGCCCCAUCAUUGUGUCAGUGGGAGGAAUAGUGCCCCAGCAUUGGUGUCAGUGGAAGGAAUAGUGCCCCAUCACUGGUGUCAGUGGGAGGAAUAGUGUCCCAUCAUUGGUGUCAGUGGGAGGAAUACAGCCCCAUCAUUGGUGACAGUGGGAGGAAUAGUGCCCCAUCAUUGGUGUCAGUUGGAGGAAUAGAGCUCCAUCAUUGGUGUCAGUGGGAGGAAUAGUGCCCCAUCAUUGGUGUCAUGUGGGAGGAAUAGUGCCUCAUCAUUGGUGUCAGUGGGAGGAAUAGUG